AUUUUAUACAUUAGCUUUUCCUUCCUUUGUUAAUUAGCAAAAAUGCAUGUGAAUGUUGGGAAAGGGGAAAACAUGCUUGACUUUAACUUAUUAAAUCGCAAUUAACUAGUAACACCAAUUAAAAUAUAAUCCUUUAUUUUAAUUGAUUUUGCGUUUUUGUUUAAUUGAGUUAAUUUUGUGACAAAUAAAUGUUUAUUUUUGGAUUUUUGUGAUGCAUGUUUAUCUGUUUACUAGGUUAUGACUUUUGGGUAUUUGGAAAUGAAAUUAAAAUUAGUGUAUGAAUGUAUGAUUUUUUCAGGUUUAAUGGUAGGGUAAAUAUAUAUUAUCCUUGGUUUAGGUUCAUGGAUCCAAUUAAUAUUAGAGUAUUGUAUGGUGGGAAUUUUGUGACCAGAAAUAACAAAACUACAUAUGGGAAGGGAAACAGUAAUUAUUUUGGACUUUCAUUACAUCCAAAUGUAGAAGAAGUCUGUUACUUUGAAUUUGUUGAUUGGAUUAAAAGGGAAUUAGGAUAUGAUGAGGUUGGGGAGAUUUGGUAUAGGAAGCAUGGGUGUACUUUGUAUUCUGGUAGGAAGCAAAUAAAGUGUGAUGCUAAUAUACCUGAAUUUUUAGAAGCAAAAGAAAAAGAUGGGUGGUAUGAAUUGUACUUGGUACACUACCCUAAGAAACAAGUAGAUCCUGCUACUAUUAGAUAUGGUCUUGGGGUAGGCUUUUAUUCAGAUUCUGAGCUUGAUUCUUCAGAGAGGACUGAGUCAUCAGUGGGGAUAGGUGAAUCUUUAGAGAGGACUGAUUUUGGAGUGGGGAUAGCUGAGUCAUCUGUUAUGUGUGAGCAUGGAGGGGGGUUGGAUGAGUCAAUGGUGAGUGAUUCAGCAAAAGUGAUUGAUAAGUCAUAUAAAAACAUGGGAGGGGGUCCACUGCAUAAAGAUUCCUUAGGAAACCCUAGAUCUAAAAAUAACCAAGUUUUGCUUCCCCAAACCAGCCUCUUAUCUUACCACAUUUCCAAAGAUAACCUCCCACCCCCUUUGAACCCAAAAUCAAAAAAACUUCCAGUCAUCUCAAAGGCCAAAAUUAAUGUGAAUCCAAACACUGACCCUCAACCAAACACUGAACCUGUAGCAAAUAAUCAUCUUAUACCUCAUACUGACCCUUAACCAAGCAUUGAGAAUGGGGCUAUGCUGAGUGAUAAUGAGGGGAGUGAUAGUAAGGACAGUGAUGUGAUUUUGAGGGAACAGUAAGGGAUGUUGAAGAUCAAGCUCCUGAUUACCCCAUUUUCAACCCAGUAGUUGACUUCAAAAAAAGUAUUGAAUUGAAGUUUGGCCUGAAAUUUCCCUCUACUGUUGUUUUUAGGAAAGCUUUGAGGCAUCAUGCCAUAGAAAAUGGUUAUGAUUACUACUUCUUGAAUAACACUAAGUUGAGGGUUACAGCUUACUGUGCAAAAAGGUGUGCUUGUCCAUGGGAAAAGGGGAGAAGGUUGUAUAAGUGUUAAUGCAAUAUUAGGAGAAAGUGUAAGUGGAAGAUUCAUUGUAGGAGGCUGAAAAAUGAGGACACUUGGCAAAUAAAAAGUUUCUUUGGUGAACAUAUUUGUGGUCAUCAACAUCUAAAUAUCAAGGUGACCUCUCUGUACCUUGCUGAAAGGUAUUUGGAAGAUUGGAAAGAUGAUCCAUCUAUGAAGCUUAGUGCAUUCCAGAGUAGAGCAACAAGGGAAGUGCAAGCAAAGAUAAAUUAUUACAAGGCAUGGUUUGCUAGGAAAAUUGCUCUAGAAAUGUUGUUUGGUGAUGCUGCUUCAGAGUAUAGUAAGGUGUAGGAGUAUGCUGCUGCAAUAAUGAAAUACAACCCAGGUAGUACAACAGUUGUGAAGGUUACAGGCAUUGAGAACCCCCCACCAGAGUUCCAAAGGAUGUACAUAUGUUUGCAGCCCUGAAAAGAAGGCUUUGUUGCAGGGUGCAGGGCAAUAAUUGGAGUUGAUGGGGCCCAUCUAAAGGGUCCAUUCCCUGGGAUUUUACUCACAGCAGUCAGCAAAGAUGGGAACAACAACAUAUUCCCAGUUGCUUGGGCUGUUGUUGAGACAGAAAAUGCUGACACUUGGAAAUGGUUCUUGGAACUAUUAGUGAAAGACAUAGCCUCAGUUGCUGAUUCAGUCACAUGGGUCCAUGAGAGUGAAGAGGAUGUCACCUACAUGUCUGAUAGGUAAAAGGGGCUGUUGGAUGCAUUCAAUACCGUGGUUCCUAAUGUAGAUAUCAGAUUUUGUUGUAGACAUAUUUGGACCAAUUUCAAAACCAAAUUCCCUGGUGAGGUCUACAGAGAAAGCUUUUGGAAGGCUGCUAGAUCAACUACUAAGGUCGGUGCAUGGUUCAAUGUUUUUGGCUUUAUUUCCUUAUUUAAAACCAAAUUAAUUUGGUUUGAUAUAAUUGCUUUGGUGUGGAUUAUCUUACUUUGAGUAUAGUUUAUUAUACUUGGCUUGAAUUAAUUGUUUUGGUAUUGUUAAUUCAUUUUUUAGCAACAUUUUAAUUAGAAUAUGGCUGCAAUUAAAGCUCUUAAUGUUGAUGCAUACAAGUACUUGGAGUCUAUACCACCUUGUAAUUGGUCUAGGCAUGCCUUCAGUGGUCUAAGUCUGGCAUGAUUCUAAACCAUUGCUGUGAGAGUUUUAAUAACGUUUUGAGAGAGGCAAGAACCAAACCCAUCAUAUCUCUUAUGGAGUUGAUAAGGAGAUAUGUGAUGAAAAGGUGUUGUGCAAAAAGGGAGGGUUUGAAAAAUUUGAAAGGGUUGCUUAUGCCAACUGUUACUAAAAUGAUUGAGAAUGGAUUGAAAAAUGUGUCAAAUAUGAGAGUGAUUCAAGCUGAUUUACAUGAGUUUGAAGAGGAUGAUGGAAAUGAUACCUAUGUUGUUAACCUGCAAAGCAAAGUGUGUGGAUGUUAUAGGUGGAGUCUCCUAGGUAUUCCAUGUCUGCAUGCACUAGCUUGUAUUGUGAAGAGGAGGUUGGAGUAUGAUGAGUUUGUGCACCUUGCUUACCAUGUAAGAAUGUCACUCAACCUCAGCAAGAACAAAACAAGGGAGGAAGACCUAGAUCAAAUGCACCACGAACUCUAGCACCAUCUGCACCUUCAGCUAUCAUAGCCGUAACUGCAACAAAUCCCACCUCUACUACAUCAGCAAGGGGAACAAAGAGGAAAACACCUGCAGCAACAACUUCCCACUCAGCUGCAAGUGCCCCUUCAGCUUCAACUAGAGCCAAGACAAAGACACCAACAACAUCAACUGCUGCAAAGACAAAGACCACUUCAUCUGCUUCAACUAAGGGAGCAAAAACAAGGGCAGCAACUGCCACCACCAGCACAUCACAUGCUGCAACCAAAGGAGCAAACACUAGAGCUGCUACAAAAAAGGCAAAUGGGUCCUCUCAUGUAGAUAUGCACUGUUCCCAAGCUUCCUCAAAUGAUAUUCCCACGCCUCCUCAAAACAAGUGACAACUGAAGCAAUCUAUGGUCCAAGAAUGUGAUAUGAAUGUUUUGUUAUUAGUAAUAGCCUUGAAAGUGCUGUAAAACUGUAACUUAGAUGCAUCUUUUGCUUUUUGAAACAUUAUUGCAUUUUCUCUGUAUG